GGUCGCGGUGGACAUCACUUCCGGGGCAGCAUGGCGGCCACGGAGGAUGAGCUUCUUCCUGGUAGCGGUGAGGGAGAGCGGCUGGAUUUCCUGCGGGACAGGCACGUGCGGUUCUUCCAGCGCUGCCUUCAGGUCUUGCCGGAGCGCUACUCUUCGCUGGAGACCAGCAGGUUGACAAUUGCAUUUUUUGCACUCUCCGGGCUGGAUAUGUUGGACUCCUUAGAUGUGGUGAACAAAGAUGAUAUAAUAGAGUGGAUUUAUUCCCUUCAGGUCCUUCCCACAGAAGACAGAUCAAAUCUAAAUCGCUGUGGUUUCCGAGGCUCUUCAUACCUGGGUAUUCCGUUCAAUCCAUCAAAGAAUCCUGGAACAGCUCAUCCUUAUGAUAGUGGCCACAUAGCAAUGACCUACACUGGCCUGUCAUGUUUAGUUAUUCUUGGAGAUGACUUAAGCAGAGUAAAUAAAGAAGCUUGCUUAGCAGGCUUGAGAGCCCUUCAGCUGGAAGAUGGAAGUUUUUGUGCUGUACCUGAAGGCAGUGAAAAUGACAUGCGAUUUGUGUAUUGUGCUUCCUGUAUUUGCUAUAUGCUGAAUAACUGGUCAGGCAUGGAUAUGAAAAAGGCCAUCACCUAUAUUAGAAGAAGUAUGUCCUAUGACAAUGGGCUGGCACAGGGAGCUGGACUUGAAUCUCAUGGAGGAUCUACUUUUUGUGGCAUUGCAUCACUAUGUCUAAUGGGAAAACUAGAAGAAGUUUUUUCAGAAAAAGAAUUGAACAGAAUAAAGAGAUGGUGCAUAAUGAGGCAACAAAAUGGUUAUCAUGGGAGACCUAAUAAACCCGUGGACACCUGUUAUUCUUUUUGGGUAGGAGCAACUCUAAAGCUUCUGAAAAUUUUUCAAUACACUAACUUUGAGAAAAAUAGAAAUUACAUCUUAUCAACUCAAGAUCGCCUUGUAGGGGGAUUUGCCAAAUGGCCAGAUAGUCAUCCAGAUGCUUUGCAUGCAUACUUUGGGAUCUGUGGCCUGUCACUAAUGGAGGAAAGUGGAAUUUGUAAAGUUCAUCCUGCUCUGAAUGUAAGCACACGGACUUCUGAACGCCUUAGAGAUCUUCAUCAAAGCUGGAAAAACAAGGACUCUAAACAGUGCUCAGAGAAUGUACAUAUCUCCACUUGACUGAUUUUAGAUUAGGGGGGUGGGAUUUGUAGCCUAACUGUAGCUCAAGGUUAAAAGCCAUGUAUAACCAAGUGUGCUCUUUUUUUAAGGGAUAGAGUCUUACAAUCAAAACUCAUACUGAUAUCACUUUGGAAAAUGGUCUUGAGCCAGUAACCUUUGUACUAGGUUUCAAGAAAAUCUUUGUUGAAGUUUGAACCACAUUGGAUUCUGUUGUGGUUCUUAAAUGUUUAUACAAUAUUUCUAAGAAGUUCUUUGAGGUAAAUUAACUGUAUGUAUGUAGGUUAUCUUUUUUAAAACUCCUAGUACAAAUUGUAUCUUAUAUAAAGUGAACACAAAUCUUCAAAACAAGUUUGUACUUCAUAUAGCAUUGAUAAUCUUCAGUUGAGGACUUAAUGAUCAUUUAAAAAUCUUGACUGCUGAUGUUAAAAAAAAUUGCAUUAAUGAAUUAAGUAUCUGGGAUUAGUCUUUGAAAACAGAUGAUCCCAUAAUUUUUUUUUUUUUCACAGAAUGGCUUAUUUUAUCUUAUUCUGAAGUGUGCCAAUUAAACGUAUGUGGCCAAUAUAAAUGAAAUUAAUGACUGGAAAAAAGUAAAUAAGCCUAAGUAAUAAGAUAGUUUUCUAAAGGGAGAUUGUUUUAAGAAAACGAUUAUGUAACUGAGGAAAGAGUAAUUUAAUUGUGAUUAUGAAAGAGAAAGUUUUGUGCUGUGUGGAUCUUUAUGUAUAUGUAGACAUUGCUGGUGUGACUACCAGUUAUGUUUUAUUUUAAUCUCAUAUCAUUAGUUGUCUUUUCUAGGGGUGGGGGAGAAAACAUUCUUAUAUAGAAGGAAAAGCAUUUAGUGUUUCUGUUUAUAUUUCUAAGAUUCAUGAUACUGAAAAUUAUACUUUUCUAAUAGUUACUUUUAGCCAUUUAAAAUUUUUGUUGACACCAGUGUGUUAUUAGCUGUUCUUAUUUCAAACUAUCUGGUUGCGCAUCCCUAAUCCAACAAUCUGAAAUCUAGAAUAGUUCAAAAUCCAAACUUUUUGAGUGCCAACAUGACACUCAAGUAGAAAAUUAUCUGACCUCUUACGACAGAUUACAGUGAAAAUGUAAUAAACACAGUAAAAAUGUAUAAAAUUAGCUUCAGCUAUUUAUGUAAGGUAUAUAUGAAACAAAUUCAUUGUGUUCUGACUUAGGUCUCAUUCACAAGAUAUUAUGUAUAUGCACAUAUUCUAAAAUCUGGGGAAAAAAUGAAAAUCUAAAUCACUUCUGAUCCUAAGCAUUUUGGAUAAGGAAUAUUCGACCUGAAAUAAUUUUCUAGCUUUUUCAAAUUAAAUAAAAAAUUUAAAUGCAAAAACAGAACCUCCCAAAUAAAUUCAAUGGUGCAGCUCCAUACAUAGUCAUAGUAGUUUAUAUUUUUAUAUUUUCAGGUAAGUGGUAGGGGAAUGUAUCCAUUUAGAGGAUAAGAAUUAGAGUUGCACUUUUGUUCAUUACUUUGUAUUAAUUCAGUGAAUUAGCUAAUCACAAAGGUGAUGUUGUAAAGACUCUACAUUAGUAGUCAACCUGUCAAUAAAUCACAUCUAUCACUUAGUCACUUCAGAGAUAUGAGUCUGAUACUGAUAUGGAGAAGGAAAUCUCACUAAUGGAGCUAGAUUUAAGUUAAUCUUGGUAAUGAUAAAAGUUGAAUCAUUAGUUCUACAGACAUCAAUAUAAAAACUAAGUUGUGUUCUCUUUAAGAAUUACAAAUAUUUUCAAUUUAUUUAAUUUCUUGCCUAAUUUCAAGAAUAUUCUAAAAUAACCCUUCCCAAGGGAAACCUAGCAUGUACUUGGAAAAAUGAUUUGUUUACUAGAAUCAUUGGUAUGUUUAGUUUUAAACUGGAAUUUGCAAAAUCAGAUGUAUUUUAUUAGAAAUAAAAUAGUGCUGGGGGUAGCUCAGUGAUUCAGUGUUUGUCUAGCAUUUGUGAUGCCCUGAGUUCAAUCCCCAGCUUCAGAAACAAAAGGAAGAAAAAAAUCUUCCAGUGGUAGGGAAAAAAAUAGACUUAUCAAAAGAUAUUAUUCUUCCAUGAGUUAUUCAAGUUGCUUUUAAAUCCUCACAAUUUAAGAUAUCCCUAUCUCAAAGUCAGUCAUCUAUUAGAGGUUGAGAGUUAAAAUAACAUGUAUAUAAUGGCUUUAUGAGUAUGUAGAAAUCCCACAUUUUUCCUGAGUCACUAACAAGGUUAGAAGAUAAGAAAAGUACUAAUAGUAAUUAUAUUCAUAAAUGAAAGUUAAGUGAAUUCUAAUGUAAACGUCAUUUAUAAAACUGUUAGAUAUUUUCUAACUCCUUGAAUAAUUUAAUAGCAAAAGAAUAUUAAUAAUAGAAUGAUUCUAAUUGAUACACACUGAGAGAUAAAGUUUCUUGUGAAACUUUAGAGGCAAGUGAAUGUUCACUUUUCACCAAAACAUACUGACCAAAAAAUACUGGGCUGUUGUGAGUUUUGGAAAGACUAUUUCUAACUUUUUAAAAAUAAUUCACAAGAAAAGUAUUGAUUAAUAAAGUAAAUUAUAUACAAUAUUUUACAAAUAUACUUGGUUCUUUAGAAGUAGUGGUGGAAUGAGAAGAAAAUUAUGAAGAUCAAACUCAAAUAACUGUUCCCAGGGUCUAAAUUUUCUCUUCUCUAGCAGUUUUUGGUUUGGUGGGGGUUUUUUGGUUUUGGUUUUGUAUUUGUUUUUGUUUUUGAAGAUAGUAGAAGUUACUGUUAACCUGUUUACUAUCUAUAGUGUGUUAAAUUUGAUUUGUAAUAUGUAUUGAGGAUUUUUUUAGACUCUUAUUCAUAAGUAACCUAAAUUCAAGUAGAAAUUUUGCUAAUAGAGGUAUGUAGUUUGAAAAUUCUUGGACCUGAUCAUAUUGGAUUGUUAAUGAGAAGAUGCUCUGGAAUCAGGUGGUUUGGGUUUAUAUCUCAAAUCUGCCAGUUCAGCAUUAUCUUGGACCACAGGUACCCCAUUGGUAAAAUGAGGAAAAUAUUAAAACUUAAUUUACAGGAUUGGUUAAGAAUUAAAUGAGGUGUUACAUGUAAACACUUAGCAUAGUGCCUGAAAUACAGCAUAUUCUUAAUUAUAGUGUCAUAAUCACAAAAUUAUUUUUAAAGCCUCUAAUCUACAAUAAAGGUCUUAACAGAAUGUAAACUCAGGGAAGAUGAUGGCAGCAGUGUAGUUUUUAAUCUCUCCAUAAGAAGACAGAGUAAUUGGGGUAGCCACAGACACACUGUCUACAAAACUAGAUGGCAGGGAAUUCCUAUGAACCUGAUAAUACAAGUAAAAGAAUAAAACGCUGACUCACGUGGUUUCACCAUCUGUGAGGAAGGCAGCUGGUUUCUGAGCCUUGCAAGUUAGAGAACUAUGACAGUAUGCAGAGCUGCUCACUACAAACUGCAGUGGGCCACCUGAGAAUAGAUGCUAAAAUGGGGAAGAGUUCUACAGAGUCCCAUCUGCAGGCAGGUGAGUCUUAAAGCAAUAUGAUAAGGUCUGAUGGUUACAAUAGAGCAGCCUGGGUUUUAUACUGUGUACUUUUUGAAAGUAAUAAGACAACACUGCAAAAAACUGCUGAAAUUAGAAUCCAGGGUGGACAAGACAGGUACAAUAGGAUUAAAAAAAGAGAGAGAAGUAGUCAAGAAGGCCAGUAGAUAAAAAUAUAUAAACACGGAAACACAAUCAUUUAAAUCAAUGUGGGGUGGAGAGGGGAAGGAGUUCUGGGUUUGUGAAGCUGAAAAAGUUAACCUAGAGUACCCCUUCUUCCCAAAAGCAUAGGAAAACUCACUUUUUUAAAAAACUAAACAAGAUUGCUGUCCAUUGACAUUCAAAGUUAGUAUAAGAAAUAGGAAAUAAGUACAUCAACAUCCCAUAGACAAUGAAAACACACCAGAGAGACAUGAUUUCAAGACAUAUAGAAACCUAAUGCUUCAAAACAAAAAGCAGUUAUGAGAGCAAUUAUAGUGUCUGUAUGGUAUCAGUAGUCUUAAAAGCUGAAGUAAACACAAUUAAGGAAUUAGUAAAGAUAAAAGCAAAAAGUAUUGAUCCCAGCAUUGCAGAGAAAACCAAAAGUAAUUGGUAGAAAACCAGAACAGUAGAGCCAAUAAACCGACAAGCUCAUUCUUUGGGUUGGGGGAUGAAGCUCAAUUAAAUACACAAACUAUCAACUGAUUUGUUUUUUAAAAAGGAGGGGGAGAGGAAGCACAAAUAAGAAAAACUUAAAAUGACAAGGGGGGAUAACCAUAAAACAAGAUUUUUUUAACUGAUUUUUUAAUACAAGUUAGAAAGCUUUAUAAAGAAAAAUGCAAAUUGCCAAAAUUUAAUACAUACAGAAAACCAAACAAAUUAGGCAUAGAAGAAACAAGUAAUUAAAGGAUCUCCUACCAAAAAUAAGCAUUUAGACCCAGAUUGUCAUUCUUACCAUACAUUUAAGAUCAGAUAUUCCCAGUGUUGCUUAAACAAGUCCAAGGAGUAGACAGAAGAAUCUUGAACCUUAAAUUGAAAAAAAAGAAAAA